GGAAAAGCAGCGCUUAGAAAAAUGGACCCUCAAAAGUAAGUAAUACUGCUUUUCAUAAUGCUAAAACUGCUUUAUUCUUUUAUUUACGCUCUAUGCACGCACACACGCACGCACGCAUAUUGGGCAUUUACACUUUUUUUGCAUGCAAAAAGAAAAACCAAACCCCACCUUUUUCAAAUCCAGAUAAUUUAUUUUGUUGAUCCGUCAAGGAAAAGGGGUAAAGUCUAUGAACAUGGACAGUUCAAACAACAGACAAUCUACGUAAAAAGCACAUACAUCACGCAAACUGAUUUGAAUGUAUUAAAAGUCAUAUUGCUUGAAAUGAUUACAUCCCUUAAGCUUACGUAGUAAUGCUGUUAUCAGGUUGAUUCUCUUUUCAAUGAUUGUGCUCCAAGUGAUGCUAAAGUUUAGCAGUAGACUGCUGCACCAUGGCCGUACAUAUAUUAUAAAUAGGCGGCUGAGAUACAGGAGAGUCUCUACAAGCAAUUGCAUUUAUCCCUGUUCUUUCAUUUUGUCAGUUGAAAUCAUAACAAAAAGAAUAUCAAGUAUAGCACGGAUGCAAAAUAAACAACCAAUCUUGUUGUCAUGUAUAUACAAAGCCAUCAUUGUUUGCUGAAAAUUGUUGGCUAAAUAUAUCUUAACUCUAUGGAAUA